AUGGAUUACAUGAGCAAAGAAUCAGUACACAGAACCCUUUUAUUCUGCCAUUGGAGUAUGUUCAACACUCAUGGUUUGCUCAAGCUACUCAGCUGCUCUCUCUCACUCAUCUUAUUCAUGAGAGAGGCUGCUAUGAAGACUGUACAUUUACUGUGCAAGAACAUGUUAUCAUUAUCAAUCAUACCUCCUCAUUUUGAUGCACAAAAGCAUCUUUUACCCUGGCCCACCUUCACAUUUUUCUCAGAUAUGGGAGAUCUAUCUCGUGAAGAUGCUGAGAAAACAUUUGGUGUUAAUAUUAGAAUGAGGAUUUAUGCACCUGUGACAUGUCAUGUCAAGGAUGAUGUGAAAGAAAAGAUUGAGCAUAAUACAGUUGGAAUCAAUGGUAAGAAGGAUACAAGUUGCAAGAGUGCAGUAGGCAGGGAUGAUACAAAUAAUGAGGAUAAGCACAGAUUGUCUGGAGGAGACAUCCCACCAAAUAAUGCUGCAGCAGUCCAGGAGCCAGAGUUGCUUGACAACUCUAUCCAAUUGAAUAAAACAGUACUAGCAGCAGAUAAACACAUCAAGCCAGAGAUUAUCAAUGCAGUGAGCCUUUCUAUCAACCUAUGUGUGUACAUAUAUAUGAAAGAAGAUGUUGGACAAUGCUACAUACUCCAGUAA